UAUUCCACCGCGACAUUCAAAUUAACAAUAACAAAGCAUUCGUUUAUUAUGCAAUGGAUAAAGUCACAUUAUAUCAACAAUUGCGUGAUUCGUCAAAUUGCAUGAUUUUUUCCUGUUUUCGAAUCACGUAAAUUGAAUAGUUCAAUUUACUAAAGAAAUAACCCAAAGAAUAAUUAUGACUAGUUACAAGCUCCAUAAUAUUUCUUGGAAUGAAAUAAAUGGUGAAUUUCGUGUAAUGAAUUAGAAAAAAGGGCAUUCACACAUUGUGAUAAAUGAUUUGAAUGCCAAUAAUCUAGAAUUAUCUUUGUUUUUAAGGCUGUUCUCCCUCUCAUCAGGUUAUGUUCCCCCAAUUAUUGCCAUAUCUGCUCACACAGUAUCUGAUCAUGUAUGUCAAAGCAUGACACUAGGUUAUAAAUAAAAACUCAUCAAACAAUCCCCCACAAAAAAUGACUCUCUUGAAAUACUUGAGCAAACAAUUAUUAUUGCGACGAAGCAUUAAAAAUGGCAUUCAACAGUUCUCAACAAGUGUCCUCACCCAAAAUCAAACUGCAAGUCAAACUAAAAACGAUGAAGAAAGAACGACUCACUUUGGGUUUGAGACUGUGAAGGAGAGUGAAAAAGGGAAGAAAGUUCACACUGUCUUCGAACAAGUUGCCAAUUCCUACGACCUGAUGAACGACGCGAUGAGUCUGGGAAUCCACAGGAUAUGGAAGGACAUGUUUAUUCAGGAGCUGGCUCCAACCCAUGGCAGCAGAUUACUGGACAUGGCUGGUGGCACUGGAGACAUCACAUUCAGAUACCUGCAUUAUUUGAACACUCGUAGGAAUCCAAAGGGCUUGAAGAGCCACGUCACAGUGUCUGAUAUCAAUCAGAACAUGUUGGACGUUGGUAAAAGCAGGGCAGAGGGUCAGGGUUAUACUUCAGCGAAGGGGUACGACAUCGAUUGGGUCCAGGCAGAUGCUGAGAAAUUACCUUUUAACGAUGAAUUGUACGCAGCUUAUACUAUUGCCUUCGGAAUUAGGAAUUGCACUCGAAUUGAUAAGGUUCUCGAAGAGGCUUAUAGAGUUCUGCAGCCUGGGGGACGAUUUUUGUGUCUGGAGUUCAGUCAUUUGACUAAUAAUACACUCCAAUGGGCGUACGAUCAAUACUCCUUCCAAAUGAUUCCCGUAAUGGGAAUGAUCCUUGCAGGCAAGUGGGAGCCAUACCAAUAUCUAGUAGAAAGUAUUCGUCGAUUCCCAAAGCAAGAAGACUUCAAAGGAAUGAUUGAAGACGCAGGCUUCAGACACGUGACGUACCGCAACCUCACGUUUGGAAUCGUGGCGAUCCACUCAGGCUUCAAAAUCUAACAAAAAUCUCAAAAUUGACCGAAAAUUUUUCAAUCCGCGAUGCUAAAAAUAUCGAAGCAUCUUUUAGUUUGGUAUAUUAACCAUUUUCAAUCAUCAAAUUUGUCAUUGAAAUUAAAUUUUGCACAGAAUUAUUAUUUUUUCAA